GCUGUGUUGUGAUGGUGGACGUUGUCAAACAGAAAAAUAAAAACAAAAGUACUGCGAAGUCUGUCAAAAAUGAAUUUAGGACCGAGUAAUCCUUACGGAAAUUCCUUAUUAUUUGCUGGGUUUAACCAGGAUCAAGGAUGUUUUGCUUGUGGAAUGGAAAAUGGAUUUCGUGUCUAUAAUUGUGACCCAUUGAAAGAAAAAGAGAAACGGGAUUUCUCUGAUGGUGGUAUUGGUUAUGUUGAAAUGUUAUUUAGGUGUAACUACUUGGCUUUAGUUGGCGGAGGAAAAACACCAAGAUAUCCACCCAACAAAGUAAUUGUUUGGGACGACUCUCAAGAGAAAAAUGUCAUUGAACUAGAUUUUACUUCAGAUGUCAAAGCUGUGAAACUGAGAAGAGAUAGAAUUGUAGUUGUCCUAGAGACAAUGAUUAAAGUUUAUACUUUCACACAAAAUGCACAGUUACUUCACAUAUUCGAAACAUGCUCAAAUUCAAAAGGUCUUUGUGUCCUGUGCCCGAAUAGCAAUAACUCUCUUCUUGCUUUUCCUGGAUGCAAGACUGGCCAUGUUCACAUUGUAGAUCUUGCUAAUACAGAGAAAGCACCUCUCGACAUUGCAGCUCAUGAGGCAUCACUUAGUUGUAUUGCUCUGAAUUUAGUUGGAACAAAGAUAGCUACUGCUUCUGAAAAGGGAACUCUAAUUCGAAUAUUUGACACAUCUUCUGGAAGUUUAUUGAAUGAAUUAAGGAGAGGAGCUAAUCAAGCAAAUAUUUAUUGUAUUAAUUUCAACUUUGAUUCAUCCCUCAUUUGUGUCUCAAGUGAUCAUGGUACUGUUCAUAUUUUUGCUGUUGAAGACAGUAAAAGAAAUAAACAAUCCAGCUUAGCAUCUGCUUCUUUUCUACCUAAAUACUUUAGCUCAGUAUGGAGUUUUUCUCGGUUUCAAGUGCCUGGGGGAUCACACUGUAUCUGUGCUUUUGGAACUGAACCAAAUUCUGUGAUUGCAAUAUGUGCCGAUGGUAGCUAUUACAAAUUCCUCUUCAAUGCCAAAGGAGAUUGCAGCCGAGACAUCUAUGCACAGUUUCUUGAGCUUGGGGAUGACCACACUUCCAUCAUGGAUCUCUAUGGACAAAACAGACUUGGUCUUUAAGUAAAUUAUAUUCCUGUUUCUUUCAUCCCAUUGACAUAAAAGUACAUUGUGCCUUUUCAUUUUGCAAAAGAAAGUGGUCAUAUUUUCGGGAUUUGGAUGUUGAUUUGGCUUUUGAUAUGCACCUUGUAAAAUAUGUAAUGCAUUAUGUUCUUUCUUUCUUGUUUGCUUUUGGAAUAUUUAUGUUAAAAAUUGCAUCAAAAAUUUCACAUCAUUUAAACUAUGGUUUUUGUGCAUCACAUGAAAGGAAAUCUAUUGAGCCAUAUGAAAUUUUUUUUUAUAUUUUGUCGAGGCCUUUUACAUAUAUAUUACCUAGAGCUAUUUUUAGUUUUACACUAUUUUAAAAUAGUUAAGAUUUCUUAAAUCCUGACUAGGGAUGCUCCAAAUAAUCAGAAGUAAUUGGUAACCAUAAUCAACUACAUUGCCAAUUAUUCAUGAUCAGUUAAUAUUUGCAUAUUAAUUGGGGGGAAAAUAUUUUUUGAUUGAAAUUCUUUUCAGUAUGCUUAGAGCGAGCAAUUAUGCUGAAUAAAUUUAUAAACAAGUAAAUGCGAUUUUUCUUCUGUUUAAAAAGAAAAGCAGGUGAUGUGAGAUCGUAAUAUGCAUGUCUGUCUCAGUUUCCCACACAUUCUUCCAAACUUAUGGGUUCUCCCCAUAAGUUGGGUCCCCCCCCCCCCCUCCAUGGGUUCCCAACCUCUGUUGGAACAAAAAAAGAAGUUUAUUUUUCCUUAGUAAUUAUGUUGACUGUUCAUAGGUGCCACAUACAUUUUGUAACUUGUUUUAAAAAUUGCUCCUUUUUCAUUCAACAAUUUUUUUUAUUGUUGUUUACUAUGUUUAAUUUUUUAAAACAUGCUUUGAUUUUUUUUAAAAACAAAAAUAGAUGAUUGAAACAACGUUAUUUUUAAAAUUUGAUCCUACUAGUUUAUUUAGCUGCUGAUUAACCAGUAAUCAGCUGAUUAUCUUCUGCCAAUUGGUUGGUAAUCUGCCAAUUUGCUUAUUGAUGCAUCCCUAAUCUUGAUUUACAUAUUAGUAAUAUUUUAACUUCUAUAGUGCUUUGUUGUUUUGUAUCAACCUGCACUGCAUACUAUUGUUCAAUGAAUAUUAUGUGUGUGUGUAUUUUAUUUGGUUUUUGUUCUCAACUUAAAAUCUGCAAUGUUUUAAGAAUGAAAGAAAAUGAAAUGUCAUGAAAUAUAAUUUCUUAAAUGCAUAUGUACAGAUGGUAAUCAAUUUAUUUUAAUUAUCUAGUAUUCAGAAUAUUUCAUUCAAAAAACUGCAAUUUUUUUGUGAAAUAAGGAAUUUUAAAAUUUAUUUCUCAAAAAAAAAAAAAAAAAAAAAAAAAAAAAUUGAAGUUAAAGUUGAGUUGAGUUUUUAUUUAUUUAUGUGACACUUUAAAAGUUCCUCAAUUAUGCCAUUUUCCUUUGCAUAUGAAUAGGCAUAACUCAACUGUAAGAAAUGUAAAUUUACAUAAUGCCUAUCUGUGUUAAAGCAUGUUGUUUUCAACUGAGCUAUUUUGAAAAAGAAUGUUGACAUUUUAUGAGAGUUUGAAAACCUGUAUCAUGUUUAUCAGUGUUCUUAUAUGUGGAGGAAAAUGAAAAAUUCAGGGCAAUUAAGAGAACUUAUUUUAAUUUCUUCCAUUAAUUUAUAGAUUCUGUUUUACACAUAGUAAAACAAGUUUCAAAGUAAAAAUAAUAGACUGAAUUUUAUUGUGUACAGAAUGUAAUGUAUUUCUGUUAUAAAGCUGUGUUAUAUAAUGGAGUAAAAACUUGAUUUUAAAUUGGCAGCACCCUGAAAAAUCAAAAUUUUUGUUUUUUAGUACGUUUACUUUUAUGUUAGAUUGCUUUUUUUUAGAUCUUUUGAAAAUAUAUAUUAAUUUAUAAUGUUUUUGAAUUAUUUUAUUAUUGAGAAAGAAGCUUCAAAUACCAUCUUAUUACAUUACCUUGACAACUUAUGAGUUUGUUAUGUUAAUGAUUAAAUGUAUAUUGAAUUUGUUAAACGUUUUAAAUUCCUUUCUUAUCCUAAAGUGUUGUGUGAACCAUUUUUAAAUGUACUGUAUUUUAUUCAUAUUGCUUAAGUUGUUAGAAUUAGAGGACUUUUGGCAUGCUUCUGAAACAUAUAAUAGUGUAUAAACACGUAAUACCUUAAAUCUUCCAAAAAAAAAAAAAAAAAAAAAAAAUAGUGUAUCUGUUUUUUAAAAUUAAAUUCAGAGAUUCAAAAAUUUCUGAAAGAGAUGUAAAGGAAGAGAAGAAAAGUUAUUUUUCUCCAAUGUAACGUUUUUGUAGUCCGUCAUGUAUGUCAAAUAGCAAUUAAAUGUCAAUCUAUGUUAAGGCUGUAUUCUGGAAGGGAUAUUAUUUUCCAUUGUCAGAUCAGUCGGAAAAGGAAAAUCACAGUGAAAAUGAAAACUGUUUUAUUUGAAAUAUUUUGAGACGUCAUAAAGUUCCUUUUCUACCUAGUCACCAUUCCAAUUGAGACAUUUAUCAUAGCAUGGCACCAACUUUCCCAACUCGUCAUAGAAGGCAGCUGCCUGGUCUUACAGCCCUGGUCUGAGCCAAACUUAUGUCCCUGAGCCAACUUUUCAUGCUAGCAAAAAGAUUUAAAUCAGAAUGAGUCGAGUUUGAACUGUGAUUGUCAGACACAAUGCAUCAUGAGCAUUUGUAUGACUUCUUUAAAGUUUCAACCCUAUUUUUGCAUGUUGCUGUGUUACUCAAGGAAGUUUUUCCAUGCCGAUUACUUAUUUGUCAAAGCAUUUCUUCUGCUUUGCAUCCUCCAGCAGACACCAAAUGACCACAUACUGCAUGAAAUUCACUUUUCUUGGGAGAUUCUGUUAUUCAACACAUGUUUAUGUGCUCACAGGGCACUCAAAAGUUACAGCCGUGAGCUGGUGUAAUAGAUACACUGGUAAAACUGGAACACAUGUGCCAGCAGUGCCAUCAGAUUUUCACAGUAGUUUUUAUUUUAUGACAAUUCGGACCUUGAAGAAAAGUAGCCCUUGUGUGUAUAUAUAGAGAUAUGCACAAUAUUAUUAAAAAUAUUGGGAAACUUUAAAAAGCUCCUUUUUUAUAGAUUUCUCAAGAAAUAAGAGAACAAUUGUUCUGUAACUUUUGUCACAUAAAACGUUUUCUCCAGCAGUCAUUUUCCAAUACAAAUUAAGUAACUCAUGUAUUUAGGGGACCAGCAGCAAAUUGAGAAACAAAUAAUUUUUUAUUUUCUUUUAUUAUUUAUGUAAGUUUUAACAAGAAGCUAUUUGUACCAUAUUUAUUUAAAUUCACAUCUUUGCUCAAAAUGUGCACAGUAAUUUAUUUUACUGCUUCAAGUGUUACUCAAAAAAUAUUCAACAUUAUAGUCGUUUAGAAAAGACGUAAGAAGUUUUUAAAAAUAAUUUACCACAUUUUUUUGGCGGUGAAGCCUGUGGUUUAGCAUAGCCCAAAAUUAGAUGGCAACUUAUUGACACUCAACUAAUGGACAUAAAUUUUAAAUAUUGAUGUUUAUCUGAAACAUUUUGUAUUGAGCAUUACCUUUUAAUUUGGAAACACAUUUUUAGAGUAAAAUAUUUCAGCUGAAUUUUUAGUCAUUUAAGCAAACUUAAAAAUGUAACAAAGUUGUAUUGUUUUCGCUAUGUUGAAAAGAAAAAGAACUGAUUUGUUUAGAGUAUUCAUGAGCUACUUUGUUACAAAAACAAUAUUUACUCAUUUUGCAUACUUUUGAAUGUACAAUAUGAGACCCCAAUUUCGGAAUUCCAAAAUCCAAAAGGCCGAAAGCCAGAACGUUUUAUCUCAAAUAUGUAUUUUUUUAAAUUAAAAAUGUGUUUUUAAAUUUUUUUUAAAACUUUUGUCUUAGAAGUUUAAAAUGGUUAAUGUUCGGAAAUUACUUGUUGAAAGCACAGUGCUUUAAGUUGAGCUUUUUAUUAACGUUUUGUCAAUGCCACUUGUUAUGCAUAAAUAAGCUGUAAAUAAGCGUUACGCUGUAAUUGUGCAGCAAUCUUUUAAUGUCCACUUUAAGUUGAUAUUAAUUCUUUUUUUCUCAUAAGGUUGCAAUUCAAAUUCAAAGCCUAUUGAACAAAAGUGCAAAAUUAUUUUUAUUAAAAAUAUGAUCUACUUAUAGAAUCAAUCGGCACAUUGCAUAAUAAAAAACUACAUCAGCCUGUUAAACGCCGUUGCAAAUUAUCUUCGACUUUUGUUUUAGCAUAAUGAAGUAUACUUUCAUUCAGAUUGAUCAAAAAAUUAAAGAAAUUUAGCGGUAACAUUAGUGAAACCAGGAAAAACCUGACAUUUACUGCAUGACAGGAAAGUUCUCACUUUUUUUUUGAACCAGAAUCUAAAAUCCAGAAAAUUCCGAAAUCUGGAAAGGUUGCGAUCCUGAGCAUUCCAGAUUUGGGGUCCCAUACUGUAUUUAAGUGAAAAAAAUGGCCACAUCUAUUCUUACUGUAUUUGAAUAUGAACCAUGCCACAGUAUUAGAAUUCAGGCAUAUGAGCUUUAAAACCGGUUCUAGGAGAGCAAUAUUUCUAUACAAUGUUAAGCCUGAAAUUAGAUAAACACUUUGCAUGACUACCAUCUUUGUUACCUUUACUUGUCUUUUUUGAAAAAAGAAAUGAAUUCUAACUAUAAAUUUUUCUUUCUUCAUUUGAAAUAUUUUAUCAGGUGCUGGCGUUGUUGAAGUUGAUUUGUCCGAAUGAGUUUUCAGUUCUUAUAGUGCAUUUUUUAAAUUUUUUCCCUUGUUAGCACUCAAUGCAUUUUUAAAUUUAUUUUCCUUGUUAGCACACAGAGUUCAUGGUAUAAAAUCGAUUCAAAAACUGAUAUUUGACGCCAUUUGUAUAAAUUCAAACUAUUUGUUCUUGAAUUGCUGUUGUAUUUAUUCAAGCCGAAGGCUGAUUGUUGAGAAUAUCACAAGGUUCUUUGUGUGAAGUAAAAUAUUUCACUGUAAAAAUUGUAUGUUAUGAAAUACAUUGUGUUGUUUAAAGUAAUUAUAUUAGUUUAAAAAUUGUAGAAUACUUGUAUGGUAAAUAUUUUGUGAUACAUGUAACAUAUUUUGUUAAGAAAAUGUGUACAGUUGGAAAACAUUUUUUGAUUAUUAAAAAUUGUUCUUGGUUAA